AAUUACUCAUCCAAUUACUUAUUAAAGUCCAUUAUUUGCUAAAAUAAUAUCGAACGAUAUUUAAUGUUCGUCGACACACUAGAUGACGCUGUUUAUAGCGCUCAAUUACGUCUCUAAAUUCAUUUAAACUUGUUUAAGUCGUGAAACUUAUAGAAAGUUAAUAUUAUCAGGCACAGGUAUGUGUCCUAACAUCCAUUACUUACACUAUCUCAAAAACUCCGAUAAGUAAAGUAACUACUAUAUUGGAGCGAACAAGUCUUUCUGAUUGCUCAAUGUGUCCUCGGGAUUGCCGUAAAAAAAUGAGUUUCACUCCCGGUGGAAACGUUUGCAAAAAUCGAAUAUAUAUAUAUUUGAAUUUUGCGUCAUAGGUGUUGAAAAAAACGCAUGAUUCAUCGCCAGAUUUAAUACCAUGUAAGAUAAAAGGAAAACUGAUACAUAGUAAUUAUAUAAAAGUUAACUAACGACAGAGAUUAAUCUCGGCAUUGUGGGACUAUUUUUUCAAAUUUUUAAUUCGGCUUACUGUCCAAGGAAAUAAUAUAGUUUACCAUGAAGUUGUGUAAUCAUCACGAUUACAAUGUCUGAUGCAACAAUUGUCCAGUAUUGUUUCAAUAAUGAAUAAAUGUUCCAGUGCAUUGAGCGUACACACGUUUUUUAUUUUAACUUACAUAAUGCGCACCUAUAUAAGGAUUAUAAGAAGGAAAAUAGAACUUUUCUAUGCCAAACACAAUACGACUAAAGAUUUUUCGACGCGAUUUUCGCGGCACAUGUAAGUUAAUUGGCGUUGACAUUGAACACAUCAGUAAACACGUAUAUACCGCGUUCGAUUGAUCCAGUGAAAAACCGCACCGCCGAAACAAAAUCUCCCUUCGCAUCUGGCACGUGCGUCUUAUGAUGUCGCGGCGACCCUUUGAAAAGCGGCCGACCGCCUCGGCCGCAAAGGCGAAUGACGCAUUUUAUCAACGAAAAGACAAAAGCCUAUUCACGCCGUUGCAAGGAUUGUUUAUAGCGUGCUCGAUUUCUCAGGAUUCCUGACGAACGAACCGACGAUGGCGACAAAGUUUUCGCCGAAAGCAUAUCGCGCAGUUGUAUAUACAAUUGUAAACCGCUAGUCCUCAAAACGACCGUGUGUUUACAAUUCAUAGCUUAUCUAACUUAUGAUCUUCGUCUCUGCCUGCACUGAGGAUGCCGAGGGCUGCGAUUCUGAGGCUAUAGAAAUUGAAGAUGUAAUGGAAGAAUUUCGACUUAACGGCCGCGAUUUUGAGUAUUGUCCCGAUUUGGACCCAGACGUAGCGAAACAGAUCACACCUCGACGAAAGAAAAACAAGAAACCAUUACCUACUGUGUGCGUUUUUUGCCGAAACAACGGUGAAGAAGAAUCUUACUAUCGAAAGCAUCUACUGAAAGACGAUGACGGUCGCGUUCGAUGUCCCGUUCUCAGGGCUUACACGUGCCCGAUCUGCGGCGCAUGCGGUGACGAAGCCCACACGGUUAAAUACUGUCCAAAAGGUCCUUAUAACCCUAAUUCCAUAAGCACGGCGAACGCCUUCAAACUCCUGAGGAAUUCGAUGGGCAAGCGUCGUGGCAAGAAGGAAGAGAAUAAGAAGCUCUUCGACCACUCUGAAUUAUAUCAACCCACAGGCAAAGACAAUAUUCGUAUGCACGAAUGAGAACAACUGGACAAUGGUUCGCCGUAACAUCUAGAAUAUUGUUCGCGUACAAUAAUUCAUUUUUGUACUUAAUUAACACUUACGUUUAUCCGUAUAUGCUGACAACACUUGGUACAAUCUCGUAUUUUCGCCUACAUACGUUGUAACAUCAUUCUCAAAACGAAAACCAAGUUUGACUAUAUAAUCAACAAAGUUUUGUGUCGUUUUAUGGCUCUUGCGUUUUUUCAGUCACACAGUAGAAACUACGCUGCUGAAAGUGAAGUGAUUUUGAACGAGCAGUUUAAGCGCACUUUUUAGAGUUUGCGCGAUCGAAUAAGAUGAAAACUAUUCAGCGCGUACACGUCUGCGUUGUAACAAUGGUAAUAUUGUCUCAAUGAUAAUACUAUCAUUAGCGAUUAUUAACAGUUGAUCUGAGUUAAAUUCAGUUAAAUCAGUAAGACAGAGUGAUUAAACACGCGGGAGAAUUCUCAAAUUCUCUUUCUAACUAUUUGAUUGUACUAUGUGUUACGUAGGCAUAGGCAUAAGUGGCAUAGCUCUAUUAAGGUAUUUGAUAUCUUUUACAAAAAGCUGAACAUUUCUGAGAUAAUAAUAUCAAGAACGCUUGUGGCGUAUUUGAUUUCUUGAACUAUUAGGUUAUAAUAGAGCCAUAUUUCAAAGAUUCUUUAUUUAUAUCUUAAUGAGUCGAAAAAUGCACAUAUGUUCUUUCUUCCUCACAUGUGUGCCAAUAAAUAAAUGCAUUGAAGAAAUCGCGAAUUCUCUUGAAAGUAUCUGAGAAUAUAUCGUUUAAUUGUGAUUUACUAAGAAACAAGGAGAGAGAUGUUUCUUUGCCUUAGUAUGCCGACAAUUUGACUUCCAAAUGGUGAUUUGGACAAAGAUCGUGUAUAAAAUUUGCUCACUACACGUCAUCGGACAAAGAAAAUCGCGUUUUCUAAUGUCUUGACUUUGGAAUGAAACAAUAAUAACCUAAGAUAGAAAGAGAAUAUAAAACUUUAUCUAGACACUUUUACGUUAGCAGUAUUAUUGCUUAUAUUUUCCAGUUGAAAAUUUAUUUCGUAGCAUAUAUAAAAGUUGAUACCAUUCGCUUCCACUUAAGAACAUGCGAAUCAUUAUUUUAAUUUAUUUUAAUUUAUUUUUCACUGUGACAUUCAGCGCACGGGACGUUUCGACGAUUGUACAAUUUAUCCAUCUCGAUAUUGCAUCUUAUUUCGUAAAUGCUACUAUUAAAACUAUUAAUUUUUCAAAUUUACUUUUUGCGCUAUUCGUUUUCUUUCAUCUACGCUUUUGGCGAGUUACUUUGAUGAUAAUAAUAUGUGCCUUAUGAAAUGUUCAGUUUUUAAACUUUGUGAUAUGUUGUACAAUGCGCAUUUUUCAUCUGCAGUUUUUUAAAACGAGCUUAAAAUUCAUAUUUGAUAAAGAAGCAUAUCGACUGAUAUCGAGCGUCUUUCAGAAAAGUAACGAGAGAAUAUUCUAGUUUAAUUGAUUGCUCGUGCUGAAUGAGGCAAAAUUUAGUUGAACAUAACGUUAACGAGAUUGUAAAUUUUUUUAUGUGCUUACAAUUCUGAUGUUAGUUUUUGUUUGUACAAGCGUGUCCUCGUCGUGAAAUUCUGUGCCUUCUAAUCACAAAUCUGUAACAAUGGGCGAGUUUUUUAAUUCAUCGAUGGAUUCAUCGAUGGAUUCAUCGAUGAAUUAGAAAAUUCGCCCAACAUCUCAAAUGAUUGUACUUCAUCGAAAAUUUUAUGUGUCUAAAUAUAUCUCCGAAAUCAAUUUUAAUCCGGUAUAUUCUCAUUAAUGUGCGAAACAAACGGUUUUCAAUCUCGCGUAUUGUACAUAUUGGCAUAUUCAGAGGACAUCGGAUGUGAAGUGUGGUUACCGUCAGCCUUACCGUGAUUCGGUCAAGGCCGUCGAGACAAAAGCAUCCGAGUAUGUGCGUUCGUGUUUAUUACAUCGUUGACUCUCGUUUCGCGGAGAGCAAAUACUUGUUUUCAAAACGCGCUUCUUUUCGACGUCCUCCCGCGUUCUUUCGCGACAGGGCACGCUUUGCUUUCAUCUUUAAUACAUUGUACAAAGAACUAUAUAAGUACAAAAAACAUUGUAUUAGUUGACUGUAAAGCGAUAGAUCAAUAUAUUUUUGUAUAUUUUUAUUUUGAAAGAAAUAUCAAGUUACUGAACUUUACAUUCGUCAAAUAUAAUGUUUCUGGUUAUUGUUCUAAAAAAAUUUAUCUAAGUGCGUGAAUAUGUAAGAACCACAAUUUUGUGAGAAAGUGUAAUUUAUUGUUUUCUUUUUUAAUGAAGCUUUAGAUGAGCUAUUAGAUCAACUCUAAGUUUUGUCAAAAUGUUGAGUUAUUGUUACAGAUGAGAAUUAAUAUCGGUUAAGAUUUAAUAGAAGAGUUUUUAUUUUUUAUUAUAUCAUAUAUAGUGUUAAAAUGUGUAAAAAGAUGAUAUAAGUAAAAGUAAGUUAAUUUAACUCGAUGCUGCACACGCUGAUCUAAUUUCUUAACAAGUCAGAUUUGUGGAUACUUUAUUCGAUAAUCAAAGUUAAGAUAGUCAAUAUACUUUGAUAUUUCUCUAAAAUUUACUUUUUUGGUAUUUUUAGGUUACAUCACGAAUAAUUACUAUCAGUCUUUGAAACAUUUCAAUUCUCGAAAGAAUUCAGAGUUAAUUUUUUACUGGUUUAAAUCGUAGCAUAAAUAGUUCACAUAAUUGUCCAAUUGAUUAUCGUAGAAAUACUUUUGAUAUAAUUAUAUCAGAAUGGCUGUGUAUGUUUACCUAGAUAACAUAAUGUCUAAAAUCGGGAUAUAAAACAUCUUAAAGAUAAUCUUUAAGACGCCUUAAAGAUAUGUUUACGUAAAUCGUCUGAAAGACAUCUUAAAGAUGAUCUCUAAGAUGUCUUAUGUCCCGAUUUUAGACAUUAUGUUGUCUGGGUAGUUAUUUAAUUCAUCUCGUACUUUUAUGAUUCCAAAGUCCAUUUUAGAUGAUAUACUAAUUCAUGGUAAUAUUUGAGGCGCCGAAAUUUUGUAUUUAUAAGAAAAUAUUUGAGAAAUUCGGGUUAUAUGUUCACAGAUGUGUAUAUAACACGAAAUGUAAACCUUCGAAUCUUAUAUCACACGCAUAUAAAAUCGCAGUGAAUCCUGUUUCAAGUUCUGUCACCUUUUAUAACGUCAUAUAGAUAAGAAUUUAAUCGGUCAACAAUGCAUCACCUGAUGCUAAACGGCGACUUUCUAGGAAUUGAAAUGUUUGAAAGAUUUCUUAAGAGAUAUAAAAAAUGAGAGAAAUAAAAAGAGAAAAAGAUAUAAAUGUAUAAAAUGUUAAAAUAUUACAGAUGAUUAUGUACAGUGAAUAUUUCUAAUUUUGUAUCGUCAUAUUUGCGAUGUUAUUUAGUGCGUAAGAGUAUUGCGAGUUCCUAUUACGAGAUAGUAUAAUUAAUAGUACUCGUAACGUGCUAAGUUAAAUUUCUAUGAUGUUAUUAAAAUGACACAUAGACAUGUAGUGUUUCUACGUGCAUUUUUACUAUAUAGUUACUACAAAGAAAAUUCAUAAUAUGUGACAUUCAAAUAAAUUAUAUUCAAAGACAUUAUUUAAUGAUGCGAGUAUGUUCUCAUAUUUAAGAUGUGCGUCUCAUACUUGAAUUGCACACGUAGCCAAAGUUUAGAAUUACGCCGUCAUAUCGUAUGAUUCAUAAUGUGACGCGAGAUGACGUUAUGGUAAUACGAACUCGCAGAGUCACAUUCUCAAAGAGCAGCAGGUGAUAACUAUUGUAGUGGCACGUAAGAACAUUACAUACAUAUUGCAAUUGCAUAUACAGAGACAGGAAUUUGAAAAGGCCGUAGCAAGCGAAUCUCAUUCCGACACAAUAAUUCAAUAAUUUAACGUUCAGUUUGCACAUUUUACAAAAUUGUACAAAUAUUUAUUUUGCCGUAAUUUGCCUUCGAAUUCUGUAAAAGCUUGCUCGUUUACGCGUCACCGUUUUCGAGUCCGCUUAAUUCAAAUUUAGCAGAACUCCGCUGUUUUGCCCUUUACAGUAUCCAAAAUACAUGUUUGGUAGCUCGCUUGAUCAAACACUUCGGAUUUUUAUUUUGUUAUAAAUCCGUCUAUUCGGAAUUAAUCUUGUGCAUUCUGAACGCAUCUCCCUCGUACACGUUUACAUUUUUAAGAUCACACAUUUUGGUGCAACCAUAAUCAUCUUGCCAUUCCAAUUUUUGUAUUAACUAUUAUGAAUGAUAUUAAUCUGUCACGCGCUAUUUAAGUGUAUUCGUACGCAGAAUUGUAUUAUGUUCAAUAAUGUUUAAUAGAGAAAAUACCUGCA